CGCCCUCCCCAUUUCUCACUUGGCAGCCGAUGCGGGCGGUGUUGUGCUUCGAGUCUCGAUGAAUUUACAAAGAAAUCUCUUCAAAAAUGGGUAGCGUCGACGACAUUUCGCAACUGUGUCGUUUGUGUUUAGUCAAGGACCAAGUUAACAUACCAAUCUUUGAUGGAAGUAGUGAAAUUGGACAGACUUUUGUGAAAAUCAAUUCGUGUCUGCCGGUUAAGGUGUCCCGCGAUGACAACUUACCGAAAAAGAUCUGUGAUGGCUGUUCCUAUAAGUUAGACAUGCUGUAUAUCUUCCGCAACACGAGUGUAGAUUCAGAAAAGCAACUAAUAUCAUGGCUAAGUCAAUCUGGUUUAAGUACAAUAUCUCAAGCGGCGGCGAAAGACCCCUUAGCAAAUGCCAAACCCGAAAUUAUGGUAAAGCAAGAAACUUUCGACUCGGCGGACUCCAGGGUCGAAGGUGACAACCCCGAUAUGGGCGUAGAUGCCCAAAAUUACAUAUUGCAACAGCAGCAGUUGCCUUACCAACAAGAUUUCGAGUUUGGGGAGCCCUCGGGGUCUAUUGCUGAAAUGACUGAUGAGCCCACACCAAAAAGGGCGAAACGUGCCGCCGCGUUAAAAAAGGCACCGAUAGAAGACAUUGAAGAAACGGAAGAUGAUUUAGAUGCCGCCAUGCAAAUCACGAAGGCGGAGGAGGAAGAUAGUGAAGACGUCGAUCAACCUGAUUAUGUAGAAGCACCUUCGACUAGUGCAGAUGAUCAACCAGGCCCGUCUGGCGUGGGCAAGGCACCAGUUGAAGCACCGAUACACUUUGAAAUGGUACAUCUAGAUGGUGGCUUACCGAAAAUAGAAGUCACCGACUCUGACUCAGCACCAUAUACGGAAACGUGGACUUGUGAUCUGUGUCCAAGAACAUAUAAGUACAAAAGCAAUCUGACCAAACAUCGCUCACACCAUUUCGAGCCCAAAAAACCAUGUCCGCAGUGCGGAAAAUGCUUUCACGACGAAUCUAGCGUCAAACAACACAUAUUUUACGUUCAUUCGAACAAAAAGGAUUUCGUUUGCCAUAUUUGCGACUACGCAACUUUGACCAAGUACUCCCUACAGUUACACAUUAUCAGAAAACACACCAAAGAUUACCCUUUAUCAUGCGAGAUUUGUGGUAAAGGUUACACAAAGAAGCACAUGCUUGAUGCCCAUCGUCAGUCUGUCCAUGAAGGAGUCGAACACGCGUGCGAGGAGUGUGGAAAAUCCUUUAAGUACGCUAGAGGCUUGCAAGAACACCGAAAGAUACACGAAUUCACCCCCAAAAAGAAGGAAGAAAUCAAGUGCGAGUUGUGUGGUGAAAAAUUCAAAUACUUGAAAGAACACAUGUUGAGAGUGCAUGGAGGAGUCAAAACUAUGAUAUGCGAAGCUUGCGGGAAAAGUUUUUACACGAAGACUCUUCUUAAUAUUCAUAUGAUGAGAAAGCACAAAAAUGAGAGACCAUAUAAGUGUAGUUUUUGUUUUCACGGACUUGUUACAAAGAGUGAGUUGAAAGAACAUAUAAAGAGGAGACAUUCAGGUAAUGAGAGCAUUGAAGUCAUCAGGGAGAAACCUUUUCAGUGUAGUAUCUGUGGAAAACGACUUAAAACAAGUGCUUUUUUAACGGACCAUAUGAGAAAGCAUGCGGGUGAAAAAGCUUACACUUGUAACGUUUGUGAGGAAAAGUUUAUUUCGAAACAUUAUUUGAAAUCGCAUAAGUGUAGUGGUGUUUCAGGACAGUUCUUGGAAGUGCGUUGGAGGCUGAUGCUGAAACGUGAACUUAAACAUUUUGAGUGCGGAGUAUGUUCCCAGUUUUUUGGAAGUUUUGAUGAAUAUUCAUUUCACGUGAAUAAUUCGCAUGACGAACUGUUAACACCAGAUUCGGGCUUAUUAGGGAUUCAAUUCGCAGACAUUAAAUCUCUGAUACCAAAAACGGAUACUGAAUUCAUUAUUGAUAAAAGUUCAGAUGAAGAAACAACUGAGUGGGACCAAAUAGAAGUAUUUACAAGCAAGCAACCGGAAAAAUGGAGUUGUGAUAUUUGUAACAAAAUUCUAAACAGCAGAACCAGUUUUUACAGACAUCGUGUCGGACAUUCAGAAUCUAAAAAACCGUGCCCAUACUGUACCGGAUAUUUUAACCGUUACACCUUAAAACAACACAUCCAAACUAUUCACCUAAACAAGAAAAAUUUUGUUUGUGAUACGUGCAACUAUGCGACUGUAAAUAAGUAUUUCUUAGAAAAACACAUCAUCCAACAACACACAAAAACCUACCCCUUUCCUUGCAACGUUUGCGGCAGAGGAUUUAUAAAACAAUCGAUGCUCGAUGACCACCACCACCGCGAACAUCGAGAGGGUGUAAUACACGUCUGUGAUGAAUGCGGCAAAACUUUUAAAACAGACGCAUCGUUAAGAAAACACCGAAAACUCCACGACCCUUCUCUCAAAAAGAAAGAAAAACCAAUGUGCGAAAUUUGCGGGGAAAAAUUCAUGUACUUGCAAGAACAUGUGAGGAAGAUGCACGGAGGGACCAAGUCCAAAAUGUGCGAAUUUUGUGGUAAAGGUUUCCACACAAAAAAUCAGCUGAAUAUGCAUAUGAUGCGAAAACACACGGGCGAAAAACGGUUCAGAUGCAGUUUUUGUUUCCAUGGAGUGGUUACAAAAUCUGAGUUGGACGAACAUAUCAGGAGACGACAUUCUGACUCCGAGAGUAUUGAAGACGUGAGGGAUAAACCGUUCCAGUGCAGUCUUUGUAAAAAGCGGUUUAAAAUUCGGGGGUCUUUGACGGAUCAUAUGAGGAAGCAUUCUGGCGAAAAAGCGUACAGCUGUGAUGUUUGCCAGGAGAAGUUUAUUUCGAAACAUUAUUUGAAGUUUCAUAGGUGCAGUGGUCUCUCUGAACAGUUGUUAAAUGUGUCUUCAAAUUAAUGUAAUUGUUCUAUUGUUUAUAGAAUGCUUUAGGUGCCUGCUACGUAACUGUAUUAUUUUUCGAAAAAUAAAUUUUUUGAAUUAUU